AUGGAUCUCCUCAAGCAAUCAUAUGCCCAUGGCAGCUCUCCACUACCACCAAACGCAGCUACAACCCCAUACCAUGUCUACCUUUUUGGGGGUAAUAUCUCCAAAUCACUGUCACCCUUGCUACACUCAAUCCUAUUUCGCGCCAACUCAGCUUCGUGGGCAUUCCACCUCACCGAGACAACCGACAGCAGCAUAUUCCGAAAACAAUUACAAGACAACACAUGCAUUGGGACCACAAUCACGAUGCCAAACAAGGUGUCCUUUGGCCUUCUACUGGAUGACUUGACCGAAGAGGCACGCAUGAUUGGGGCUGUCAACACUUCAUUUAUCCGACUUGAUAAAAAUGGACAGAGAAGACACAUCGGUACAAACACAGAUUGUAUCGGUAUUCGUGAUUCUAUUCUCUACCGAAUGCCGCACGCGGCUACCACGGCCAAAGGUCGCCCGUCUAUGGUAAUUGGUGGUGGAGGUGCUGCCAGAAGUGCAAUUUUUGCCCUGUGGAGAUGGUUUGGGUCCACGGAGAUCUACAUUGCCAACCGUUUGAAGGCUGAAGUAGACGCAUUGAUCACCUUCUUCCAAUCGACCGCACCGAGUAUCACACUCCGCCAUCUCGCUACUGUCGAGGAUGCUGCAACCUGCGAGACUCCUUGUAUUGUUGUUGGGACUAUUCCAAACGAUAUACCUCGGGAAGCUGGUGAAAUCACUUGUCGCAAAAUCUGCGAUACUAUUUUGCGCAGGAAGGACAAGGGCAUUGUGUUAGAUAUGUGCUAUCUCCCAUCUCCGGUGACAUAUUUGUACACAAAUGGAAAGGGAAAUGGCUGGACAGUCAUUCCAGGGACCGAGGUUCUAGUGCGUGUUUGUAUAGCACAGCAGAUUCUCUGGCUGGAGAAGGAUGUCAAUCAACAGGGAGUGGAUGAUGCGAUGUCUGCUAUUUGGAAAGCUGUAAACCAAGGACAGGGCCGUCCAAAGACUUCGAAGAUUUAA